AUGGCGAGAGGAGACGACGCACUCGCUGGUCGAGAAGAAGCCGUUUCAGGUCAUCUGUUCCCGCCGGUCGACCAUGACAGAUAUAUUUUUUUCAAGGGCUACUACCUUUCCAUCUACAACCAGCAGACGGAUGACUACAAAGCACAUAUUAACAACGAGACACCGACGACUGAAUUCUGCGAGUAUCUGGUGCCCGGAGGCUACACAACCUUCAUCAGAGGUGGAACCGUUUAUUUCAAAUGCUGA